UUUAGCAACCAGAUGACAACGCAUUAACCUACAAUCGAUCAGAGACCACCCUAUGCACACAACUACGCAGUUCCGGUUAAACGUCAAAUUCGGGCUGGUGUUUAGCAGAAGAACACAGACCGGACUGACUGGUCUACUACUCACACGGACCCUUCCAGGGAGCAGGCUACGAAAAUGUCUUUCAUAUUUGAUUGGCUGUACAGAGGAUUCAGCAGUGUGUUACAAUUAUUAGGACUCUAUAAAAAGUCUGGGAAAUUAGUUUUUCUUGGAUUAGACAAUGCUGGAAAAACAACAUUAUUGCACAUGCUUAAAGAUGAUCGACUUGGGCAGCAUGUCCCAACACUUCACCCUACAUCUGAGGAACUGACUAUUGCUGGGAUGACUUUCACAACAUUUGACCUGGGAGGUCAUGCUCAAGCAAGAAGAGUUUGGAGAAAUUAUCUUCCAGCAAUAAAUGGGAUAGUGUAUCUUGUUGACGUUGCUGACCAUGAACGACUACUAGAAGCCAAAAUUGAGUUGGAUGCCCUCUUAACUGAUGAAACCAUCUCCAAUGUGCCAAUCCUUAUUUUGGGGAAUAAAAUUGACCGGCCAGAAGCAAUUAGUGAGGACGCGCUGAGAGGAAUGUUUGGUCUUUAUGGACACACCACUGGAAAGGGGAAUGUAUCACUGAAAGAACUCAACCUGAGGCCAAUGGAAGUCUUUAUGUGCAGUGUGUUGAAGAGACAAGGAUAUGGUGAAGGUUUUCGAUGGCUAUCUCAGUAUAUUGAUUAACAUAUUUAAUGUGUUUAUUAAUUCAUAACUGAUGUAUCCUUAUUUAUUAAUUGAUUAUUUAUCUUGUAAUGAAACUAAGUAACCAGGGGUGUUAUAUAUUAUCUGAGCCUAUAAAAUCCAGUGUGGUGAUAGAUCAGUAUCUGAGAUAUGCAUUUAUUUAAUAAGCUACGGUAGCAAUUACUUACACUUUUACUUUUUUAAGGUGCAAUUUAUGCUGUUUACUUUUCUAAAAGGGUUAGAAAUACAGCAUCCUUUAACAGUUGACCGUGCUGGGUUAUUUUAAGGGAUGGCAUCCUGUAACGUUGUUCACCUGAGUGUCAGUUUUAUACCCUGCCAAAUGUUAAACAUACCUUUAUACAUUUGAUUUAAGGACUUCUAAUCAGGUGAAUAUCACUUGUGCUGUGAAAUUCUGAUGUCACAAUCAUUAGAUGAUACAGAAUCAGUGUUUUUUCAUGUUACAUGUUACAUUACCUCAGUGCCUUAAUGCUGGUGGCUCUUCCUAGUGCUGUAUUUCCCACUUGUUUAAAGGAAAUACUUCUGAAGGUGUGGACUGCCAAAGUAUACAUGCUUGCUUAUCAAAUUUGCCUGAGAUUUACAAUUAAAUAUUUAUACCUAAUAUUUAAAACUACAAAUGUUUGAUUUGUAUGUAGUAUUUUGAUAUGCGCUGAUGUAUUCUUCAUUUUCAGUGAUGUUUCUACAUUAGCCUGUUUCAACACUAAACUACCUGAAUAAUUGUGCAAUAAGUACUUUUUGACUGUCAGCUGUGACUUAUUGCAGUUAUGACAUGAAAGUACAUAGUUUUUUUUUUUGUCAUAUUACUAGGUCACUUACCCCUAUUUGUAAAUAGGCUUAUGUGAAAGGAUUGGGAUUUUCAAUACUGCUUAUCUUUUGAAAUGGCUAAUUAUGUACGUGCCAUUUGUAGCACCUUGUAGCAUGCACUGAAGUAGGCAACACAAAUAAAAUAUUUUGAAUUUUCA